GUUUCGUUUUAAAGAUUUCUCUUUUCUUUCAUUCUUACAUUUUCGCAUAACGGUUUACUGUACGGUAUCCGGUGACAAUCAAAACCGAAAGUUGGGCGGAUAAAGAAUAUCAGCAUACUGAUCGAAUCGGUUUCUUAAAAUGGAAGUAGCUGGCAAAAGGGUGGACAUUGACACAGAGUCUGCUGUAGGAGAGUCUAGUUUAUGUGUAUCAUGUGAAGUUGAAAAGGUGAAAACGCCAGCAUGUGGAGCAUGCCGGGAAUGCAACGAGAAAAUGUGUACCACGUGCUUCCGGUAUCACCUUAGGGGCAAACUAUGUAGAAAUCACGUGUUUCUUUCGCUUCAGGAGUUUUGUUCACUUUCAUUAUGUAGUGGAUUAGAAGAUGUUACCAGAUGUGAAAAGCACGACAAUGAACUCAUCAAAUUUUAUUGCCGAUCACAUGAUAUCGUUGGGUGUGGAGAUUGUAUAGUACUAGGACAUACAUCAUGCAAACCAGAAUAUAUCAAUGAUUUGGCGAAAUCCUUUAAAGAUGGAGACACAUACAAAAGCAUUGCGAAACUACUAGAAGACCUUGAAAAGCAGAAAACAGAUUAUGAACACGAAAUUGAAAAGGGUAAAUAUGAAUGCGAAAACAUGAAUGAAAAGGCAUUGAAAGGGCUCCGUGACUUCAGAACUGAGAUAAAUAAAUGUUUGGAUGAAGCAGAGGCUAAGCUGUUAUCACAAAUGAAGAUACUGAGAAAGGAAAACACAGAAACGAAGGCAAAGAUUGAGGCAGUAUUACAGUCGUUUACGUCAGAGCUUCAGAAAGUGAAACAAAUGCUUGACACACAACUGUAUCGUGAUAAUGCAUUAUUCAUCAAUGCAGUUAAUUGCAAGUCUAAACUAGCUGAUAUAGAAAAGAUGAACGAACACUCAACAAAAGACAUGGCGUUGAAAGGGUUCAAGUUUGUUCGUAAUGAUCAAAUGUCGGCGCUUCUGAAAUCUAGACUACCUGUAGGAAGACUGCAGGUUUGUCACAUUGAAUGUAGGACAAAAGAAACAGCAAAACAGAAGUUUUGUGUUGGUACUCGUGUUCGUCGGAAACCUAAAUAUCAAAUGGGUCAUACAGUACCAGGAACUGUAACAAGAGUUACAGACAAAACCGUUACUAUUAAAUGGGAUGAACUGAAUUGUACGCAAAUGUAUGACAUCACAGAUGAUACCUUUGAAAUUAUUUAAAGAUAUACUAUGGUCAUUUUUGGCUAAAAUACAUUUAUUGAAAACAAUUAAAUUCUUCCUGAAUAUGUCUGAUUUCAAUAAGUGAAUGUAUAAAAUAUGUUUAGGAAGCUGCUUUUCCUAUAACUUGCCAAAUUAAUUUAGUCUAUUCUUAUAAAAAUUGUCAGUUUUUUAAUGACACUAUGUAAUCAUACUGUGUUUACCUAAAGUGUUUAGAGUUUUAAACAUAACAUAUUUGUAUAUGUGUAUACAAAAGAUGUUUUUUUUUUACAUUUCAAAUAUCACAUUUGAGCAUUCUCUAUAUGUUAAACUGCAUUUGUUUUAAAUUUCCUUUUUUCUCAUUUAUUAUGUUAUUUUCAUACAUGAAUAACAAUCAUUCAAGUGAACAUAUAAUAUUAUAAUAGUGUUGUUACAGGUAUUCAUCAUAACAUAUUUCAUUUCAAUAUUUUUUCAAUUCUUUUCUAAAACUGUAAUGUAACACACACACUCACAGACGCGCACGUUCUCUCAUUUCGCCUUUUUGUAUAGUGAUUAAUACAUUCAAAUUAAUUUUCUUUAUAAGUAUGGUUUUUAGCAUUAUUUUAUUUUUGAUAUACAUGUACUCGAUAAUUCUUAUGUUGAAGAAGAUAUUCCAUUUUGUCCUAUGCGCUUUUAUAAGAUAUUCUAUUUGUAUUCUACUGUAUAGAAUUGUCCUAAAUAUUUCAAACGUUGGUGUUAAGUUUUGAGAUUUUGGUUUGAAAAUAUUUUAUUUUAUUAGAAUGAGAAUGAAAUUAAUUAUGUCAAUAUGCAGAUUAACUUUUAGUUUUCCAAAGAUUAAUGUUUCUUUCGAAAGAUUAAAUACAAUCCUAUUGAGUUUAUACACGUGUGUAGCUUUCACAAAAUAUUUUGUAGUUAUUUAAAAACCCAGUAAAGAUGGUAACUAUAUCAAUGCUUUUAUGACAAAAGUCGUACUUGUAAAUGGAAUAUCAUUCAUGCAUUUCGUAAAUAAAAUGGGUUUCCAAAC